CAUGAUCACCAGCCUGGACCGUACCCACGCUGGCUUCUACCGCUGCAUCGUGCGGAACCGGAUGGGGGCCCUGCUACAGCGGCAGACUGAGGUCCAGGUGGCCUACAUGGGGAGCUUUGAAGAAGGCGAGAAGCAUCAGAGUGUGUCCCACGGAGAAGCUGCUGUCAUCCGAGCACCUCGCAUCUCAAGCUUCCCCCGGCCUCAGGUUACCUGGUUCCGUGAUGGACGCAAGAUCCCACCCAGCAGCCGCAUAGCCAUCACGCUGGAGAACACCCUGGUCAUCCUGUCCACAGUGGCUCCCGACGCCGGCCGCUACUACGUGCAGGCGGUUAACGACAAGAACGGAGACAACAAGACCAGCCAGCCCAUCACUCUCGCCGUAGAAAAUGUUGGGGGGCCUGCUGACCCCAUUGCACCAACCAUCAUCAUCCCACCCAAGAACACUAGUGUUGUGGCCGGGACCUCGGAGGUGACCAUGGAGUGUGUGGCCAAUGCCAGGCCCCUGAUCAAGCUUCACAUUGUGUGGAAGAAAGAUGGGGCUUUGCUCUCUAAUGGUCUCAGCGAUUACAACCGAAGGCUCACCAUUACCAACCCCACGGUCAGCGAUGCCGGCUACUAUCAGUGUGAGGCUGUGCUGCACAGUAGCAGCGUGGCUCCCGUCACCCGGGGCGCCUACCUCUCAGUGCUGGAACCACCUCAGUUUGUCAAGGAGCCAGAGAGACACAUCACAGCAGAGAUGGAGAAAGUAGUGGACAUCCCCUGUCGAGCCAAAGGGGUGCCGCCUCCCUCUAUUACCUGGUAUAAGGAUGCUGCCUUGGUGGAGGUGGAGAAGCUGGCACGCUUCAAGCAGCGCAGCGAUGGCAGCCUGCAGAUCAGCGGCCUGCUGCCCGAUGACACCGGCAUGCUCCAGUGUUUUGCCCACAAUGCAGCUGGCGAGGCACAGACCUCCACCUACCUGGCCGUCACCAGCAUCGCCCCUAAUAUCACCAGGGGCCCCCUUGACAGCACGGUGAUUGAUGGCAUGUCCGUGGUACUGGCAUGUGAGACCUCAGGGGCACCGCGGCCUGCUAUCACUUGGCAAAAAGGGGAGCGCAUCUUAGCCAGCGGCUCUGUCCAGCUGCCUCGCUUCACACUGCUGGAGUCCGGCAGCCUGCUCAUUAGCCCAACCCACAUCUCGGAUGCCGGUACCUACACCUGUUUGGCCACCAACUCUCGGGGAGUAGAUGAGGCCUCGGCAGACCUGGUUGUAUGGGCCCGGACCCGCAUCACCAAGCCACCCCAGGACCAGAGUGUCAUCAAGGGCACCCAGGCGUCCAUGGUGUGUGGAGUGACCCACGAUCCCAGAGUGACUGUCAGGUAUGUGUGGGAGAAGGAUGGGGCCACUCUCGCCGUGGAGACUAAUCCCCGCAUCCGCCUGGACAAAAACGGCUCCCUACACAUCGCACAGACAUGGUCAGGAGACAUUGGCACAUACACCUGCCGGGUCCUGUCAGCUGGCGGCAAUGACUCCCGCAACGCCCACCUGCGAGUCAGGCAGCUUCCCCAUGCUCCUGAGCACCCUGUGGCAACACUCAGCACCGUGGAGAGGCGUGCCAUCAACCUGACCUGGGCCGCACCCUUUGAUGGCAACAGCCCACUGAUGCGCUACAUCUUGGAGAUGUCAGAAAACAAUGCUCCAUGGACCAUUCUCCUGGCCAGCGUGGACCCAGAAGCUACCUCAGUGAUGGUCAAGGGACUGGUUCCCGCUCGUUCCUACCAGUUCCGCCUCUGCGCUGUCAAUGAUGUGGGCAAAGGACAGUUCAGCAAGGACACAGAAAGGGUCUCCCUCCCUGAGGAGCCCCCCACGGCCCCUCCACAGAACGUUAUCGCCAGUGGCCGGACCAACCAGUCCAUCAUGAUCCAGUGGCAACCACCCCCCGAGAGCCACCAGAAUGGGAUUGUCAAGGGCUACAUCAUCAGAUACUGCCUAGCAGGGCUACCUGUUGGGUACCAGUUUAAGAAUAUCACGGAUGCUGAUGUUAACAACCUGUUGCUGGAGGACCUCAUCAUUUGGACUAAUUAUGAGAUAGAGGUGGCUGCCUACAAUAGCGCCGGGCUGGGCGUCUACAGCAGCAAAGUCACCGAGUGGACGCUGCAAGGAGUUCCCACAGUGCCCCCGGGCAAUGUCCAUGCAGAAGCCACCAAUUCCACCACCAUCCGCUUCACCUGGAAUGCCCCCAGCCCCCAGUUCAUCAACGGCAUCAACCAGGGCUACAAGCUGAUUGCCUGGGAGCCAACACAAGAAGAGGAGGUUACCAUGGUGACUGCCAGACCCAACUUUCAAGACAGCAUUCACGUGGGCUUCGUGUCUGGUCUGAAAAAAUUCACAGAGUACUUCACGUCCGUGUUGUGCUUUACCACACCAGGAGAUGGGCCUCGCAGCAGCCCCCAGCUGGUGCGCACCCAUGAGGACGUGCCUGGGCCCGUGGGACACCUGAGCUUCAAUGACAUCCUGGACACCUCGCUGAAGGUCAGCUGGCAGGAGCCUGGAGAAAAGAACGGCAUCCUGACAGGGUACCGGAUCUCCUGGGAAGAGUACAACAGAACCAAUACCCGUGUGACCCACUACCUGCCCAACGUAACUCUGGAAUACCGAGUCACAGGCCUCACAGCACUUACCACCUACACUAUCGAGGUGGCCGCUAUGACCUCCAAGGGCCAGGGCCAGGUGUCAGCCUCCACCAUUUCAUCUGGUGUACCUCCAGAGCUCCCAGGGGCACCCACCAACCUGGGCAUUUCCAACAUUGGCCCACGAUCCGUGACCUUGCAGUUCAGGCCUGGCUACGAUGGGAAGACAUCCAUCUCCCGCUGGGUAGUAGAGGCUCAGGUGGGCGUGAUCGGGGAGGGAGAGGAGUGGUUGCUGAUCUACCAACUCGACAACGAGGCUGAUGCCCGCUCCAUGGAGGUACCGGACCUCAACCCCUUCACCUACUACAGCUUCCGCAUGCGCCAAGUGAACAUCGUCGGCACCAGCCCACCCAGUCAACCUUCUAGAAAGAUCCAGACCCUCCAGGCACCCCCAGACAUGGCCCCAGCCAAUGUGACUCUGCGAACAGCCAGUGAGACCAGUCUGUGGCUCCGAUGGAUGCCCCUCCCAGAAAUGGAAUACAAUGGCAACCCUGACUCGGUGGGCUACAAGAUCAAGUACAGCCGGUCCGACGGCCACGGCAAGACACUGAGCCACACGGUACAAGACCGAGUGGAGCGGGAGUACACUAUUGAGGAUCUGGAGGAGUGGACAGAAUACCGUGUCCAGGUCCAGGCCUUCAACGCCAUCGGGAGCGGGCCCUGGAGCCAGGCAGUAGUGGGCAGGACCCGGGAGUCAGUCCCGUCCUCUGGCCCCACCAACGUGUCAGCGCUGGCCACCACCUCUAGCAGCAUGCUGGUCCGCUGGAGUGAGAUCCCAGAGGCAGAUCGCAACGGCCUCGUGCUGGGCUACAAGGUGAGAUACAAGGAAAAGGACUCGGACUCCCAGCCCCGGUUCUGGCUGGUAGAAGGCAACUCAUCUCGCAGUGCCCAGAUCACAGGCCUGGGCAAGUACGUACUCUACGAGGUCCAGGUUCUGGCCUUCACGCGUAUCGGUGACGGCAUCCCUAGCCACCCUCCCAUCCUGGAGCGGACACUAGAUGAUGUACCAGGCCCACCCAUGGGCAUCCUGUUUCCAGAGGUGAGAACCACAUCCGUGCGGCUCAUCUGGCAGCCCCCCGCAGCCCCCAAUGGUAUCAUUCUGGCCUACCAGAUCACACACCGGCUCAACGCCACUACAGCCAACACCGCCACAGUGGAGGUCCUGGCCCCCAGUGCCCGCCAGUACAUGGCCACGGGCCUCAAACCAGAGUCUGUCUACCUGUUCCGCAUCACAGCCCAGACCCGCAAAGGCUGGGGACAGGCUGCUGAGGCCUUGGUGGUGACCACAGAGAAGAGAGACCGCCCACAGCCCCCCAGCAAGCCUGUGGUGCAGCAGGAAGAUGUGAAAGCUCGAAGUGUGCUGCUGUCCUGGGAACCAGGCAGCGAUGGGCUCUCCCCGGUACGUUACUACACCAUCCAGACUCGGGAGCUGCCCAGCGGCAGGUGGGCGCUGCACUCGGCCUCCGUGAACCACAACGCCUCUGCCUUCACUGUGGACAGACUCAAGCCCUUCACGUCCUACAAGUUUCGGGUGAAGGCAACCAAUGACAUCGGGGACAGUGAGUUCAGUGAGGAGUCGGACUCGCUGACCACCCUGCAGGCCGCCCCAGAUGAGGCACCCACCAUCCUGUCAGUGACCCCACACACCACCACCUCUGUGCUAAUCCGAUGGCAGCCUCCAUCUGAGGACAAGAUCAACGGCAUCCUCUUGGGUUUUCGAAUCCGGUACCGGGAGCUGCUUUACGAAGGGCUGAGGGGCUUCACUCUUCGAGGCAUCAACAACCCCGGGGCCAAGUGGGCUGAGCUCACCUAUCUGAGCAAGCACAGGCGUUACGAGAUCCGAAUGAGUGUGUACAACGCCGUGGGUGAGGGACCCUUGAGCCCACCACAAGAGGUCUUUGUUGGAGAGGCAGUGCCCACAGCAGCACCACAGAACGUGGCCAUCCAUAGCGCCACAGCCACACAGCUGGAUGUGACCUGGGAGCCACCCCCGCUGGACAGCCAGAAUGGAGACAUCCAAGGAUACAAGAUUUAUUUCUGGGAAGUCCAACGGAGGAACGUCACUGAGAGGGUAAAGCCGCUCUUCCUGGCUGAGAACAGUGUGAAACUCAAGAACCUAACUGGCUACACGGCCUACAUGGUCAGUGUGGCCGCCUUCAAUGCUGCAGGGGAUGGGCCACGGAGCACCCCGACCCGGGGCCAGACUCAGCAAGCAGCCCCCAGCGCCCCAGGCUCGGUCAAGUUCAGCGAACUGACCACAACCUCAGUGAAUGUGUCCUGGGAAGCCCCACAGUUCCCCAACGGUCCUCUGGAGGGCUACAGGCUGGUGUAUGAGCCCUGCACCCCAGUGGAUGGGGUCAGCAAGAUUGUGACAGUGGAUGUGAAGGGGAGCGGCCCACUGUGGCUGAAGGUGAAGGACCUGGCCGAGGGCAUGACCUAUCGUUUCCGCAUCAAAGCCAAGACCUUCACCUAUGGGCCUGAGAUCGAAGCCAACAUCACCACGGGCCCUGGAGAAGGUGCCCCAGGACCACCAGGAGUGCCAAUCAUCGUACGGUACAGCUCGGCCAUUGCCAUCCACUGGUCCAGCGGAGAUCCUGGCAAAGGCCCCAUCACACGCUACGUAAUAGAGGCCAGGCCUUCAGAUGAGGGCCUCUGGGACAUCCUCAUCAAGGACAUCCCCAAGGAGGUGACUUCCUACACCUUCAACAUGGACAUCCUGAAGCCAGGCGUGAGCUACGACUUCCGGGUCAUCGCAGUCAAUGACUAUGGCUUUGGCACUCCCAGCAGCCCCUCCCAGUCUGUGCCAGCCCAGAAAGCCAGCCCCUUCUAUGAGGAAUGGUGGUUCUUGGUGGUCAUUGCCCUCGUGGGCCUCAUCUUCAUCCUGCUCCUGGUCUUUGUGCUCAUCAUCCGAGGUCAGAGCAAGAAGUACUCCAAGAAGACAGACUCAGGAGGCAAUACCAAGUCAGGAGCCCUCGGCCACGGGGAGAUGCUGAGCUUGGAUGAAAGCAGUUUUCCUGCUUUGGAACUCAACAACCGGCGGCUGUCUGUAAAGAACUCCUUCUGCAGGAAGAACGGCUUGUACACCAGGUCCCCUCCCAGGCCCAGCCCGGGCAGCCUACAUUAUUCAGAUGAAGAUGUCACCAAGUAUAAUGACCUCAUCCCAGCUGAGAGCAGCAGCCUAACGGAGAAGCCCUCAGAAAUCUCUGACUCCCAGGGAAGCGACAGCGAGUAUGAAGUGGACACGAACCCUCAGAAAGCCCACUCCUUCGUCAACCAUUACAUCAGUGAUCCCACAUAUUACAACUCUUGGAGGCGCCAGCAGAAAGGCGUCUCUCGGGCCCAGGCCUACAGCUACACAGAGAGCGAUUCUGGCGAACCUGACCACGUCACUGUCCCCAGUAGCAACAGCAUCCAGCAAGGCAGCCUUUUCCGGCCCAAGGCCAGCCGGACUCCAACGCCCCAAAACCCCCCGAACCCCCCAAGUCAGCAGAGCACCCUCUACCGUCCUCCCAGCAGCCUAGCCCCUGGCUCUCGGGCACCCAUAGCAGGCUUCUCAUCCUUUGUUUGACAUCAGAAGAGAAAAAAAGAGCAGGGGGGUAGAAAAAA